UAUUUCCAUGCUACAAAUGUGUCAGGUAGCUUAGACCAAACUCCCUAAUAGGCCUAUUAUAUGGGAGUGGAAGUUUCACUAUUUAAAUCAAGAAAUACAAUUAAAUAUCUAUUUAUAUGUCUUCUUUGUUAAUAAUAUUAACCUCAAAUAACUUAAAAUAGUGCUUUUAACAUUGUUUAUUAAUCAGAUUACUUAAGAUUUAAAAAUGAUUUGCAGAGGUGGAUUCGGCCAUCUUGAAAAUGAUAUCCAGGGAAGAAAUGCCCAUGUGGUGACUGUUUUGAAAAUUUAAUAAAACUGUUGGGGGGGACUUUUGAUUUGCACAUUCUUGUAGAUAAGUUGGAUGCUCUAAACAGUGGUUAUCAUGAAAAUCGAGUCUGGUGGAGUCUCUACAAGAAAUUAAAUAUUAGACUUAGCUUCAUUCAACUUGAUAGGCCUAUAUAUAUUUUUUUCAAUAGUGAUUACAAAUCGGAAGACACAGUAUUAUUCAGCUGCCAAUUCUCUUUAAAAUAUUUAUCACACUACCUAUCAAUAAAGAAAUAACCACAAAACGCAUUUUUUCCCAAUGCAUACGCAAUGUUUACAUUUUGAAGUGGACAAAAAGUUGAACAAGGGGCAUGUAACUCUGCAAUGAUUUGACACCAGCAGAAAACUGGUUUACCCAAGUACCUACCCGCAUAGGAAUCGAUUUAGGGUUCAGGUUAGGCAUAGGGAUAGAUGACUUCACGUGACGUGUUAACCAAGAUGGCGGCCAUUGAGAAAAUAGUGGCAAUCACAGUCAAAAUUUACCUUACGUUUUAUUGUAGUACACAUUACCCCCACCCCCAAGGGGAGGGGGGCCACUUGAAAUUUUCGGGGGAGAAAGACACUGCCAUCUCACCCACACUCCACGCCGAGAUGCCGGAAAAAAGCACUGUCCAGAGUUAGUUUAUUAGUUUAUAUUUAAGUUGUGUGUGUGUGGUGUGUUGUAAAUAUGGUAAGUCCAGUGUCAGCUGAGCUGUAUGUUCUUAUAUCAUGGUAAGUCCAGUAUUAGCUGAGCUGUAAGUUGUAAUAUCAUGGUAAGUUGCAUGGGGAGAGUUGAUUUGUUGUCCAGGGAACCAGCUUAUCCUCCUAAAAGAAAAAUCCCAAGCCUUGUGAUUUCCUCUAGGAGGUCUAUACACCAUCAUCACAAUGUGACCGACGAAUACCAGAAAAUUUGAUAUUUCAAUAAGAUACUUUUGACAAUACUUUGAUAGAAUCUGUCAAUUGUCAUAUGACUAAAUGGAAUGUUUGAUAUUAUUUGGACAGGAUAAGGGAGAGCUAUGGGUUGAUUUUCACACUUUUCUCAUAUAGAUAGGUGCACCAUCUUUUAUAUGUUGAGUUAAUUUAAGCUGAAUUUGCAGUUGUAAAAUCAUUAACCCUGAUCUUUGUUUUUUGGUCUUUAGAAUAUAUGUGAUGUGACAACCCAUCCGCCCUCCCCUACGUUAUUUAUGUUGACAUACCUAUUUGAUAUUAUGAUUAGAAUUCAAAUUUAUUAUAAUAAGGCAAUAUGGAUGACGAUGGCUAAUUUUGUCUUGAUUUUUUUAGUAGAAAGGUUUCUAGGUCGUGAAUCUUACAAAUACAGGCGAUGUCAUCUGAGAAUGUCAAUAUUGGUGCUGAGCCAACAGGGAUUCCCCUUUUCCUCAGAAAGAGCUCUUUAGAGGUAAAUGGAUGGAGAAUACCCCAUUUUCCAAGAAUUGAUGAUCCUGUUGUUCACAUUCACAAGAUACAGGAACUGCCAAUCAGGGAGGAUGACGUACUCAUAGCAGCAUAUCCAAAAAGUGGUAAAUUUCAUGUAUUAGAACACUAAAUAAAACAUAGACUAGAUGCAUGUAUCAGAACACUAAAUAAGAGAUAGACAUAUACAUGUAUUAGAACACUAAACUAAACAUAGACUACUUUUGACAUCUAGUUCCUAAAAUUUUAAUUUUAGGUAACACACAAUGUUGAACUACCGUAGUAGGGCUUCAACCAGUGCAGUUCUUUUACACCAGUUCCGAGUAUUUUGAGAAAAAGGCCAACAGACAGUCCUACACUCUACCUGUCAGCUUUUAAACUAUAGUCCUACAGACAGAGUCCUACACUCUACCUGCCAACCUUUAAACUAUUGUCCUACAGACAGUCCUUCACUCUACCUGCCAGCCUUUAAACUAUAGUCCUACAGACAGUCCUACACCAUACCCAUGGCUCAUUUUUUAUUAUGGAUAUAAUAGUGGCCUCCCCCUAUAAAACCUUGAGUUGGGGGGAGAGUGGUUUCAAAAAUGAAGCAGGACACAAUAGAAACUAAAUAUAUAAAAGAGAUAAUGAUAGGGUUCAGUGGACAUGGUUAGUUUGGGAAAAUAUUGCUUGGCGGAUAUAAGGAGUUAAAACAGUAUAUUUCUUGGCCUCCAAGCUAGUUUAGCCAGAAUAUUGUGUUGCAUUCUUGGUGACGUAACUACGCUGGUGGAGAUGGAGAAACCCCAAAGGGAAAUAUGAAAAAAGAUGGCUGAGCAUUCUUUUCAUUGAUCCAUUUUAGUUGUAUUAUAGGUAAAGGUUUGUGAAGGGAUGUACAGCAAGGCCAUUUCAGUGCAUGUCUUGGGUGUAAUUUCAGUGCAUGCCCUGGGGGUCAUUUUAGUGCUAGCCUUGGACACUAUUUCAGUGCAUGCCUUGGGCGCUAUAUCAGUGCUUGCCUAGGUCACUAUUUAUUUAAUUUAGUUUAAAAAUGUUUCUCACAGUUGUAUCCCUCCUGCAGGCACCCACUGGUUGUGGGAGGUAACUCACAUGCUACUGAACCAGACGACAGAAUAUGAGAAACGGGUCAAGGAACAAGUCAUGUUGGAGUUUGCUGGUGCCCUGGAGGCGGUGGAAAAGGAACCUUCCCCAAGGAUUCUCAAUUCUCAUCUCGUGUUCCCCCAUCUCCCGCUAGAAGUCAUCACGAAAAAGAUCAAGGUUAUUCUGACAACACAUUUCUAAGCCAUUCUAUUUAAAGCAAAAGUGGGCCUACUUCCUACAAAACAAUUCUAUCAGAGUCUAUAUCAUGUGAAAUUCUAUGAAUUUUAUUUCUAGAAUGCUUAUUUCAAACAAAUGUAAUUUCCAUGUGGUAUGUCAUUUCAUGUCUAAUUGUCUUUGUCAAUGGUUUGUCUUGGUUUUGUUGGUUUGUCUUGGUUUUGUUGGUUUGUCUUGGUUUUGGUGGUUUGUUUUGGUUUGGUGGUUUGUCUUGGUUUUGUUGAUUUGUCUUGGUUUUGUUGGUUUGUCUUGGUUUUGUUGGUUUGUCUUGGUUUUGUUGGUUUGUCUUGAUUUUGGUGGUUUGUCUUGGUUUUGUUGGUUUGUCUUGGUUUUGGUGGUUUGUCUUGGUUUUGUUGGUUUGUCUUGGUUUUGGUGGUUUGUCUUGGUUUUGUUGGUUUGUCUUGGUUUUGGUGGUUUGUCUUGGUUUUGGUGGUUUGUCUUGGUUUUGGUGGUUUGUCUUGGUUUUGGUGGUUUGUCUUGGUUUUUUUGUAGUGAUAUUUAUUUUUUAUCAGGUUUAUUUAUAAACAAAUUGAAAAGUUCAUUAACAACUAAUUUUAUCCUCAGAUUAUCCACGUCACCCGAAAUCCCAAAGAUACUCUUGUAUCCUUAUAUCAUCACUUCAAACAGUUAACCCCAAGAGCUUCCUUCACCUUUGACCUUUUGUUAAAAACUGUGAUGGAAAACAAUAGUAAGUCUUUUAUGUGUUUUGUGGUAUUCUAUAGGUGAUGGUGGGUAAAAACCUAUUCUUCACACCUGAAUAAAUCACUUUAUGAUGGUGGGUAAAAACCUAUUCUUCACAUCUGAAUAAAUCACUUUAUGAUGGUGGGUAAAAACCUAUUCCACACAUCUGAAUAAAUCACUUUAUGAUGGUGGGUAAAAAUCUAUUCUUCACAUCUGAAUAAAUCACUUUAUGAUGGUGGGUAAAAACCUAUUCCACACAUCUGAAUAAAUCACUUUAUGAUGGUGGGUAAAAACCUAUUCCACACAUCUGAAUAAAUCACUUUAUGAUGGUGGGUAAAAACCUAUUCCACACAUCUGAAUAAAUCACUUUAUGAUGGUGGGUAAAAACCUAUUCCACACAUCUGAAUAAAUCACUUUAUGAUGGUGGGUAAAAACCUAUUCCACACAUCUGAAUAAAUCACUUUAUGAUGGUGGGUAAAAAUCUAUUCUUCACAUCUGAAUAAAUCACUUUAUGAUGGUGGGUAAAAACCUAUUCUUCACAUCUGAAUAAAUCACUUUAUGAUGGUGGGUAAAAACCUAUUCCACACAUCUGAAUAAAUCACUUUAUGAUGGUGGGUAAAAAUCUAUUCUUCACAUCUGAAUAAAUCACUUUAUGAUGGUGGGUAAAAAUCUAUUCUUCACAUCUGAAUAAAUCACUUUAUGAUGGUGGGUAAAAACCUAUUCUUCACAUCUGAAUAAAUCACUUUAUGAUGGUGGGUAAAAACCUAUUCCACACAUCUGAAUAAAUCACUUUAUGAUGGUGGGUAAAAACCUAUUCCACACAUCUGAAUAAAUCACUUUAUGAUGGUGGGUAAAAACCUAUUCCACACAUCUGAAUAAAUCACUUUAUGAUGGUUGGUAAAAACCUAUUCUUCACAUCUGAAUAAAUCACUUUAUGAUGGUGGGUAAAAACCUAUUCCACACAUCUGAAUAAAUCACUUUAUGAUGGUUGGUAAAAACCUAUUCUUCACAUCUGAAUAAAUCACUUUAUGAUGGUGGGUAAAAACCUAUUCCAAACAUCUGAAUAAAUCACUUUAUGAUGGUGGGUAAAAACCUAUUCAUCACUUUAUGAUGAAUGUAUAAAAAUCAAUUAAGAAACUCUUGACUUUAGGAUUUAUCAUAAUUUAUGUUCCGCACUUACUUGACCUAUAUUUAAACAAUGAUUUUCUAAAAAGAAACUAUUUAAUGGACAUGGGAUGUAAAACAAAAAUAAAAUAAUAAUAUUUGAUAUGUGUUACGCACUGGCUUCUCUUGUGAGAAAUUUAUCUCCUAUUUUAAAUUUAUGGCUCAUUCAAACAUUGCCUAACAAAGGACGAUAACAUAGAGAAAUAAAAUAACAAAAGUACGACACCCAAAACAGUACCAAUUACAAUUAAUAAGAUUUAAUUUAGUAAUAAUACAAUUACAAAAGAAAAGAAAUAUCAUUACAAAUCAUCAACUUACAGUAUUGGUAGAUCUUGUACCGGUACACAGUUAACACAAUGGAUCAAACGGAAGUUUGGUCGAAUCUUUCAAACAAAUUUCCAGAUAUGCAUUUUGAUUUCCACAUUGAUGCUCUGUAAUGACUCUGCCUUCGGUACACAGUUAGUGCAAUGUGCCGAUGAAUAAUGAUGAAUGAUCAAUGCGAAUAAACAAAUAUAAGUACACAAAGAAUAAUACACGUCUCGUGAAGUUAAAAAUAUCUAUCAAUCUCCGUCCUCUGUCUGUGCCUGUCAAUCCUUUAUAUAUGUGGGUCUACCAACGCGUCUAGAAAUGCCCUUACUUUUCUAAUACAAUCGAGAACGUUCCAUAAGAUACUGGUAGACAUACUAACCAUGUUUAAUUGGUGAUCGGUAGUAAACAUGAUACAUCAAAGACUAAGCCACGCCUGGUAGGAAUCUAAUGUGGGCUGAAACAAAGUUCAAGCACGGGAGAAAAGUGCACUACAUAACAUAUGUGAAGGUACCGGUACAAACCUGUUCUAAAACUAUUUAAUUGAUAUGUGUGCUAACCUAUUCUAAAACUAUUUAAUUGAUAUGUGUAUAAACCUUUCUAAAAAUAUUAAAUUGAUAUGUAUACCUAUUCUGAAAUUAUUUUAUUUCUAUGUGUACCAACCUAAUCUCAAACAAUUGAAUUGAUAUGUGUACAAACCUAUUCUCAAACUAUUUAAUUGGUAUGUGUACAAUCCUAUUCUCAAACUAUUUAAUUGGUAUGUGUAAAAACCUAUUCUCAAACAAUUUAAUUGAUAUGUGUACUGACCUAUUCUCAAACAAUUGAAUUGAUAUGUGUACAGACCUAUUCUCAAAUAAUUUAAUUGAUAUGUGUACAACCUAUUCUCAAACAAUUGAAUUGAUAUGUGUACAGACCUAUGCUCAAACAAUUGAAUUGAUUAUGUGUACAGACCUAUGCUCAAACAAUUGAAUUGAUUAUGUGUACAGACCUAUUCUCAAACUUGAGCAAACUAACAUAGUUAAUAAUGUAUGUUGUGUCUUCAUUUUUCUUGCACCAAUUCUUGGACACAGUGUAAAAUAACUCGCAGCAAUCCUUUGUUACCACAUUGAUGCUCUGUAAUGACUCUGCCUUCAUUACUAAUAAAGUCCCCGUCACAAUUUGACUGUCACAUUGUUGCUUUGUAUUGACUCUGCCUUCGUUACUAGUAAUGUUCCCGUCACAAUAUGACUACCUACGCCAGAUGACAGAGUUUGAACAAACCCACCCAGACCAUCCAAUCAAACAUAUCUAUUUCGAAGAAAUGAAAAAGGUAUGCCUCUGUCUUAAGAAGAGUAUAACAAUUAUUUUUUUUAUUUGGAGUCCCAUCUUUGGGCACCAACAUGUAUCUAACUAGCUGACAAGAUAUGUGUUAACACAAUUGAAUGCCACGUACAGUGAAAUAUCAUAGAGAUUAUUCUGUUGUUGAAAUUCUUUAGGAAUGUGUCAUUAUUAUUUGGCAUCGAAGAAUUUGAUUCUUCAAUAAAGUAUAUAAAUAUAUUUAUAUGGCAUAAGAUAAAAACAAUUGCCUUGGGUUGUUAAUCCAGGAUCCGGUGAAGACCAUUUCAUCCCUGGCCAAGUUCCUGGGUGUUCCUGCCAGUGAUACGUUCUGUCAACACGUCGCCGAGGCCUGCAGUUUUGACAACAUGAAGCGAGUGGAGGACGAGGGCAAGAAGGUCAUGCCCAAAUCAAUGGUAGACAGCCUCGAUCAAAGAGGUCAGACCCCAGCUGGAGUUAAACAACUAGAUGGAGGUAUGCCACCACACGGAGGAUCCCCACCACAUCAUGGAGGCAAGCGGCCACCAGCGAAAAUGUCCUUUUAUCGUAAAGGUAAUCGUUUUCAUCAACAAAAUUGAUGAAUCCCUGCAAUCCUGUAAGAACUUCAUCAAUGCCAUGACAUCUUGACGUCCUCCACCCACAAUUCCAUGACAUCUUGAUCUCCUCCAUCCACAAUCAAACGCCACCUUGAUGUUAUCCACUCACAAUUCCAUGAUAUUCUCUAAUUCCCACACUCACAAUCUCAUGACAUCUUCAUUUCCUACACUAACAACAUCUUGAUGUCCUACACUCACAAUUCUAUGACUUCUUGAUGUCCUACACUCAACUACGGAUUAAGCACUUUUAUUCCGACCUUGUGAAUGAUCCUGGCCUUGAACCCUGUUCUUUAGGGUAAAGUCUUCAUGGCAGACUUACUUAAGGCCAAUAGGUGACAGGAGGUACACACAUCAAACAACUCAUCACAAUCAUACAAUGAUCAGUAACUUACCAAACAAGUCAUUUUAAUCAUACAAUCAUCAGUACACACAUAAAAAAUUGUGUCUAUUGAGAUCACAUUUGAAUCUUUUUAUUAAAAAAUUAUAUUUAUUUAUUUAUUUAAUUUUGUACCCCCUCCACAGGUGUCGUUGGUGAUUGGAAGAAUUCAUUCACACCAGAACAAAGUCUUGAAUUUGACAAUUACAUAAAGAUGGAAGAGAAUAAAGGGUUUCCUUUUAAAUUUGAAUAUGAAUAAAUGGAAUAAAUCACCAUAGAAAUCAACAGCUCCACUUUCCUAAUAUGACUCAAUAAGGCAUAGAUCAAUUCUCCCAUUAGGCAUAUGUCAAUUCUCCCAUUAAGCAUAGGUCAAUUCUCCCAUUAGGCAUAGGUCAAUUCUCACGUUAGGCAUAUGUCAAUUCUCCCAUUAGGCAUAUGUCAAUUCUCCCAUUAGGCAUAGGUCAAUUCUCCCAAUAGGCCAUAACUCAAUUCACCCAAUAGACAGAACUCAAUGACCCCAAUAGACAGAACUCAAUGCCCCCAAUAGACAGAACUCAAUGCCCCCAAUAGAUAUAACAUAAUGCCCCAAAUAGAUAGAACAUAAUGCCCCCUAUAGACAGAACUCCAUGCCCCCAUUCGACUGAGGGCGUCUGUCACAUUGUGUCACAGUAAAUGUUGUGAAAGGUACUUAAAAGUAACAUUUUGUGACAGCAAUAAAAACGAGUUUAACUUAUGUCUACAAAAACUCUAAUCAAGAGGAAGCACUGUACUUGAUAAGUGCCGUAAACUUUAAAUUAUAAGAAAAACAUCAAAUGUUCGCUGCAAAAACCAAAUUAUAAAAUUAAAUGUUAUUCGAUUCGAAGACAUAAUUACUUAAAAACCUAGAGCAGUAUGUCAAUAUAAAACAAUGAAAAGUACAGUACUACAACCAUGUAGCGUAUUUCAAGAAUUAUGUCCAAGUAAUUUAUUGAUUCAAACAAAUAAGUAACCUUCCCCUAACUAAAUUAAAUGAACUAUUUAAAAAAAAUGUAAUCUACUUUUUUUUAUGUCAGGAUAUUUUGCAUUAUAUAUUUCCACUUUAUUGUCAGAAUAAAUAUUUAUGUUCAAAUCAG